AUGGAGGAUCGUGAUGCACCCAUUGAUGAGGUUGACACUGGGUCGCAGGUGGGUGCGUCCUCUUCGUCCUCCCACACCAUGCGAGCUGUCUAUUUGCAUCAUUUGGAAGAUCCAGUCGUUUUUGGCCGCAUUGACUGGACUGAUUAUGAUUGCAUGAUGGCAGAUGCUGCAAGACUCAUGAAUGUGGAGGUUGACGACAUUGUUGCACUUUAUGAGAUCAAUGUCCAGCUUCCUGACCUUCCUGACGAUGUCACCCCUUUGAUCGUCCAUUUGGAAGCGGACAUGGAACCAGGAGAACCUAGCCGUCUUUGCUUGGUUGACUAUGAGAUGCACGGAAAUACACUGGAGGCCCACUAUCAAACAGCCCCGGUUGUUGAUCGAAGAGUGAUGGUCACCCCAAUUCAUGCCUCAAUGCAAGCCAUCUUUGUACGUGCUGGAGUUGAUGUAUAUUGUCAUCUUGAAGAUGAUCGUUGUCUUAUUUUCCACAAUCACCAACCUGUUCUCUCACAGCAUAAUCCUUUACUGCGGCCUACACAUGGUGAUUACCUCAAGCUUGCGGUUCCUCCAUCACUGUAUUGUGACGAGCCCACACAGCCUCUUCUGGCUCGGCGACAACAGCAUAACGAGCUCACCUUUGGAGACUCCCCUAGCUGGUCCGAAAGUUCUGGAUACUCACCCAGCUUGAUUGAUCCUUCAGAACUUCGUGCCCAACUUGGAAUGCAAGAUCCUGCAGAUAUUGCACUUCUGCAGAUUUCGGUUGACUUGAAUACGGUUGAGACCUUGGGUGCUAUCUGCCGGCAACCAUUGUGCCUCCCACCUCAGUUGGAGGAUAUUCAGUCAUCUGAUCGCACAUGUCCGGUACCACACUCCAAGCUUAGCUUUACGGAGGAGUUCCUCAGAGCCGUCAAUGCAAUGAGCACCGCCGCAGAAAAUUUGCCAGAAUUCCAAGAAGAUGCUUUUGAUCUGGAAGCUUUAGCUCCUUGGACAAGAGAGUUGUAUGAGCACUGGAAUCGACUGGCCACCGUUGGACCUGGAGCGGUAGAGAGACUCGGUCGUCUAGAAACCUGGUUUACAGAUCAUCUCAGCUACCAGAGGUGUCACCACACUCGCAUCGCCAUCCUCGGCCCGGACGCUCAACGCUGGGAGGAGCAGAUCAUGCACCUAUGGCGGCAGCAUAUUCUCCUGGGUGCACCGAUCGAGUUUCACAUCGUGCACCCCUUGCCGGAAGACGCAUCCGGCCAGAUCAUUGGCCAACUCAUUGUGGUGCAACGCCCACAACGGUUCCAACGCUCUAUUGUGCUGUCCAUUUAUGAUAGCGAGUACGACCGCGGCCUUGCACAUUCAUUGGCGAUGGUGAUGAGCGAUCGCAUCGACCUCCUGUCGGUGAUGAUCAUGGCGGAACUGACUGAGGAGUGUCCCCCGGAGGCGCCCCGCAAUGACUGUUCUCUCUGGUUCGGGGCUCGGCAGUUUGCUCCCAAUGAACGUGCCUAUGCACGACAUGGUCACGCAUUUCGGCUUGUGCUGAAUCGUGCUCGAGGGCCACCACCUCCAAGGCCUGUGGUCACCAAUCUGGCACAAAGUCAGGCGCAACUGUCUCAAAAUUCGGCUCUUCCGCCAUUCUUGGGAGCAGAGGAUACAGCACCUACCUGGCUGGUGGCAAUGUCACGAGCCUUUCCUGACGGCGCUGCAGUGGAACGAGAAGAUGAAGGGCCAGUUGCAUAUCUCACCACUUGGUUCCUUCAUUUUGCCCUUCGGCCUAGCUGUGUACAGAACAGAGUUGUGCGUCUUAGAGACCAACCUUGGAUGUGGCAUCGAACAUUGAUUGAACGAUGGGGAGAUCACUUUGAUAGUACACUUCCCGUUCAAUUCUUUUGGGUUGCACCUAUGCCUCCUUCCUCAUUGACGCAGCACACCCUUGGCCAUAUGCUGAUUGUGCAGGGACUUCCAGAGGACCAAGUUGCCGCGUUGCUCACCACACGUGUGCGUGAUGACGAAGGCCAAGCCUUGCACCAUGUUGCUACAUUCUUGCCCACCUACGUCUCGGCAGAAAUGGUCGUUGACAUUUUGGCGCUUCCAGGGCCUCUGCGGCGUUUUCCUCGCAGAGUAGGAUUUGGACAAGAGUACUUUGCUCCAUAUGCCACACAGCAGAUCCACUCUGGAAGCUCACUUGUCUUGGAUGUUUUAGGCAGCCAACGGUUUGUUCAACCUACUACAUCUUCAACUGACGAGGCACUCAACUUGAUUCAGACCAUGGUUCGCCGCAUCCCGGCAACUCAUUCGGAAGCAGCUCCUCCCAUUGAAGUGGCUACAGCUGAGCCUGCAGUACCUCUGACCGAACCUGCCGAGGCUUUUCAGCCAAGGGUUACGUUGAACCUGACUGCUUGCUUGGCCGACAACUUCGUGUACAAAGAAGAGCAGUAUUCAUUUCCUGAAGUGGCUUACAUGCAAGUCCCAAAUUGGCCUGCCUUUUUUGCCAGAGUUUUGCCCUCUCCGACCUUCAUACCAGAGGGCCUCAAGUUGCACCCCACUACUUACUCUGCUCUUGCGUCCCCAGAAGAAUUUCAAGAAGUUUCUCUGUGUGACUGCAUAGCUUUGUAUGUUGACGGCGCGGCUGAUGGCAUGCAGGCCGCUUGGAGUAUUGUAUUCGUCCAUUUUGACUCAGAUGGCUUGCCGUCCCUUCAAGGGUGCGUUGCAGAUCAAGUUGUGAUUGACACCACGCAUGACAAGUGGCUUGGCGCCAACCGCCCUGACAACAUUGCAGCAGAGGUGACUGCAGCUUGUGCCGCCAUGGCCGCGUGCUUAGGGAUGGACCAACACCUCCACAUUGUCAUUCGUCCAGAUUUGAAGCUCAGUGCCCAAUUGGCCACCCAUCAAUGGGGCUGCACAGCACAUCCCCUUCUUUGCCAGUUGUGCGAAACGCUUGGAAGUUGGUUUAAAAAAUGCCGUGGCACUUUUCUUGAAGUCAGAGGGCAUUGCGGAGACCCUUGGAAUGAGUUGGCAGAUGGUGUUGCGAAGCAUUGUAUGGAAGUUGGACAAGCAAUUGGAUUUUUGGACUUGACAGGGUAUUCAGAUUUGAUCAAGACUCCAGAUCUGAACUGGGCUUGGCUUCUCGAUGCGCCUACUACCUUGCAUCAAUGUCUUCCACCCGGUUCUCACCAUGGAGUGUGGCAAGUUCAACCGAGCACCUUGCGUGUGCCCAUACAUGAAUCGUAUCAUCCAGAUGAGCAAUGGAAACAAAUGGAUUUUCUUUGUAUGACUGCCAAUGUCCUUGCUCUCGGCUCUGUUGAUGCUGACAUGCCUACGUCCUCCAGCUCUGAGCGCGCACUUCGAUUGGCCCAUCAAUGGCAUCAAGAUGGCAUUCACGUGGCAGGACUUCAGGAGACCCGCCGAGAAGUAGGCACGUACACUGCUGGCAAUUACAAGUGCUUUGCUUCAGGAGCUCAACGUUGCAGUCGUGCGCAGCACUUUGGUUGUGAAUUGUGGAUCCAUCAACAUUUGGUCCUCGUUCCUGAUCUCAAGCUGAAACUUGCUGACUUCCAAGCGGUUGUUACCCAUGCAGAUCCCAGUUGGAUGGGGGAUUCUACUUCCGUCGAUGAUUUUACCAUCAGCAAUGACCUUCCCGUUUCUUCUUGGGCGGAAGUGGCCUACGUUGACGACCUUGCCAUUUUGCUUGCUGCUCCAGACAAUGACCAUUUGAUCACUUUAGCCGAGUGCUCCCUCUCUGCUAUUCACUGCGCUGCCAGCAAGAGAGGCCUUGAUCUUACGUAUGGAGCGGGUAAAACUGAGCUUCUGAUGGCAUGGCGGGGUGCCCGCACCAGGCAUUUCAAAGAAAAGGUUGCAGCUAGUGGCGGCAAGUGGACCGUGCACGAUGCCCGCACCAGGCAUUUCAAAGAAAAGGUUGCAGCUAGUGGCGGCAAGUGGACCGUGCACGAUGAGGCUACCGUGCGCAAUGAAGCAGGAUCAUGGAUGCGCCUCCUGCAUGAAUCCUUUGCUUGGUUGGCGCGAUUUAGCCAUCGCCAUUUUGGCCUCACCUCAGAUUCUACAUGGAUCGACUGGGUCACAGUCGCUCAACUUGACACCCGAUGGAAGGGCCAUCUUCGCCGAGCUGAACGAGCCUGCAAAGCUUAUCAUCACGCCAAUGCGCACACCGCGAUCUGGCAGAUGUGGAUCCAGCACUCCUUUCGGCACUUUGGGGUUGAGCCUUUUGCCGCCGAGCCUGAGGCUCUCAAUGCGAGUGACCGUCAACUUGCGCGAGAGAUGCGGCAGCUUGGCUGGUUGCCGACCAAAGCAUGCGUACCUGCCACCCGCGCCUUUGGGCCCCAUCUCCCUCCUGCGCAAUCACCGGCAGCAGCCUUGAUGAUGCAGAAGUGGAAGCAACGCAAAGAGGUUUCUGGCAGCCUCCGCUUUGAAGGCUUAGCAGGCAUUUGCACGCAGAUUGACACCCAGGAGAUUGCUGCGAUCUUACAACGUCGAACAGCAGCAGUGGAAACGGAGCUGGCUGCCCUCAAUCGGUUGGAUUUUGUCUCAAAGGACGUUGUACAGCCUGACGUCUACUUUGAGCUGAGCGAGGUCGUGGUGCUUAUUGCUGGAGGUGUUGGCCCAGAAGGUGAACAUCUAGACUCCACAGAGUUCUUCGACUUUGAAGACCGGAAAGAAACCAUGCAGCAGGGCCCAUGCCUCUCCUGGGGAUGUGAUGGUCCGGUAGCCCAGAUUACCCAGAUUGUCCUUCUGGCUUCAGCUACUGCGCAGCCGGCCGUGCGGUGGUGGAGUUCUGACACCGUUUCGAUCGUUUCACAGCGCUGGCGAAACGCUGGCCGCAGCCCAAAGGCAGGCUGCACCACAGCAACCGAACAGAAAAUGAUCGGGUUGAGGAGCCUCAUUUUGAGACAAGCAAAGCCUGGGAGCAUUCCAUGGUACAAGAAGUUCAACUGGUACAGUUUCGCGCUUUAUCGCUAUAAGGUCUAUGACGUCAUUUGGAGAAUCUCAGCCACAGCGACUAUAGGUGCUUGUAUCUACCUCAGUGUGGUGGUGGUUCAAACCUGGAAUGCCUCCGUCCAUCGCACCUGGCAGCACUACGCGCGAAAGGAAAGAGAGCGCGCGGAGCUGAUGGAUUUCAUUCGCCAGGCCCGCGAAAAGGGCACGCUACCUCCCAGCAAGGUCACAGGCUUCGAGUGA